CCGUUCUCCCGCCUUCAUUUCCCAUCGUGCUGAGGCGGGUGGCAUGGCGGAGAAGGAUGACACCGGAGUUUGACGAAGAGGUGGUUUUUGAGACUGCCUCUGAUAGGAAAAUGCUUAGUAAUGGCACAGGCACGCCCUCCAACUCAGUGGCCAUUUUGUACUGUAGUUCUUAUGGAGAAACAAGUGGGAAUCAGCAAAGAAAGAAGUGUAUGGAUCAAAAAAGAAUAUGGGCAAGAAGCAAAACAUUUUUCAUCUAGACGAACCGGAAAAAUUACAGCCAUGCUGUCUAAUUCUCCACUUUACCAGUACUUACAAGAUCUAGGACACACAGACUUUGAAGUAUGUUCUUCUUUGUCACCAAAAAAAGACAAAUGCACAACAGAUGGACAACAAAAACCUACAAGAGUUCCACCAAAACAAGGCAUCCUGUUAAAAGUAAUAGAAACUAUCAAAAAUUGGAUUUUUUUUUCUCAGCACAGUAAGACAGAUGACUUACUUCACAAGUUGGAUAUUGGAUUCCGACUCGACUCACUACAUACCAUCCUGCAACAGGAAGUCCUGUUACAAGAGGAUGUGGAGCUGAUUGAGCUACUUGAUCCCAGUAUCCUGUCUGCAGGGCAGCCUCAACAACAGGAAAAUGGACACCUUCCAACAUUUUGCUCCCUGGCAACCCCUAAUAUUUGGGAUGUCUCAAUGCUAUUUGCCUUCAUUAGUUUGCUCAUUAUGCUUCCCAGUUGGUGGAUUAUAUCUUCCUGGCUGGUUUGGGGAAUAAUUCUAUUUGUUUAUCUGAUCAUUCGAGCCUUGAGAUUAUGGAGGACAGCCAAACUACAAGUGACCCUAAAAAAAUACAUUUUCCAUUUGGAAGAUAUGGCCACAAAUAGCCGGGCUUUCACUAACCUUGUGAGAAAAUCUUUACGUCUCAUUCAAGAGACUGAAGUUAUUUCCAGAGGAUUUACACUUUUGCUUGACAGGGUCAGUGCUGCUUGCUCAUUUAAUAAAGCUGGACAGCAUCCCAGUCAGCAUCUCAUCGGUCUUCGGAAAGCUGUCUACAGAACUGUCAGAGCCAACUUUCAAGCAGCAAGGCUAGCUACCCUAUAUAUGCUGAAAAACUACCCCCUGAACUCUGAGAGUGACAAUGUAACCAACUACAUCUGUGUGGUGCCUUUUAAGGAGCUGGGCCUUGGACUUAGUGAAGAGCAGAUUUCAGAAGAGGAAGCAGAUAAUCUUACAGAUGGUUUCAGUCUGCCUGCAUUGAAGGUUUUGUUCCAGCUCUGGGUGGCUCAGAGUUCAGAGUUCUUCAGACGGUUAGCCCUGUUACUUUCUACAGCCAAUUCACCUCUGGGGCCUUUACUUGCUCCAGCACUUUUGCCUCAUCAUAUUUUAUCUGAUGUGACUCAAGGUCUACCUCAUGCUCAUUCUGCCUGUUUGGAAGAGCUCAAGCGCAGCUAUGAGUUCUAUCGGUACUUUGAAACUCAGCACCAGUCAGUUCCACAGCGCUUGUCCAGAACUCAACAAAAGUCAAGAGAACUGAAUAAUGUCCACACAGCAGUGCGCAGCUUGCAGCUCCAUCUGAAAGCAUUACUGAAUGAGGUAAUAAUUCUUGAAGAUGAACUUGAGAAGCUUGUUUGUACUAAGGAAACACAAGAAUUAGUGUCAGAAGCUUAUCAAGUCCUAGAACAGAAAUUAAAGUUGAUUGAGCCCCAUGUUCAAGCAAGCAACAAUUGUUGGGAAGAGGCCAUUUCUCAGGUGGACAAAUUGCUACGAAGAAACACAGAUAAAAAAGGCAAGCCUGAAGUCGCAUGUGAAAACCCACAUUGUACUGUGGUACCUUUGACCCAGCCCACUCUGCACAUUGCAGAUAAAGAUCCAAUCCCUGAAGAGCAGGAAUUAGAAGCUUAUGUAGAUGAUGUAGAUAUGGACAGUGAUUUCAGAAAGGAUGAUUUUUAUUACUUGUCUCAAGAAGACAAAGAGAGACAGAAGCGUGAGCAGGAAGAAUCCAAGAGGGUGCUCCAAGAGUUAAAGUCUGUGCUGGGAUUUAAAGCUUCGCAGGCGGAAAGGCAGAAGUGGAAACAGCUUCUGUUUAGUGAUCAUGCUGUAUUGAAAUCCUUGUCUCCUGUAGACCCAGUGGAACCCAUAAGUAUUUCAGAAUCGUCAAUGAAUUCAGAUAUGGGAAAAGUCAGUAAACCUGAUACUGAAGAGGAAAAUAAUAAACCCCCCAUAACUGACAAUGAAGUAAGCAGGACUGAGUAUUUCUGUGAAAACCCUCUAGAGGGUACAAAUAAAGACACUUCUGCAAACGAACUCUUCAUUCAAGGAACCGAAGAAAGAUUGUGUUACCAGAGUGAGACUGAAAAUGAGUCACAGCAGGCGGACGGAGGUGGCCUGGUCACUGCUCCUACGACUGCCAGGGACUCUUUACAGCCCUCUAUUAAGCAGAGACUGGCACGGCUACAGCUGUCACCAGAUUUUACCUUCACUGCUGGCCUCGCCGCAGAAGUGGCUGCUAGAUCUUUCUCCUUUACUACCAUGCAGGAACAGACUUUUGGCGACGACGAGGAAGAACAAAUAAUAGAAGGAAAUACUGAUGAAGUAGAAGAAAAUUAAGAACCAAGAUUCUCAUGAAGUGAUUUUAGAUUGUUCCUUAUACAAAAGUGUUUUAGCUUCAAGACUGGAAAGGGAAAAUGAGUGUAAGUUUACUAUCUAUAAAGCUAAGAUGUGAAUUUACAGGAAGAACCCUGGUUCGAAGAACCAAUUUGAAAUUAGUAGUUACCUGUACAUGGCAGAUCUUUUAGGAAAAUAAGAGAAAGGUAAGGGCUGUUUUGAAUAAACUGCUAUUUUAUUUGUGGCACACUGAUCGAUCUUGGAAAUUCUUUAAGUACUUUUAAUAAGAAAUGAAUUUAUCAUUUCUUGCUAGAAUUUGCUACCCAUAAGGUGACUGGGAUAAUUUCAUUGCAAGAAAAUUGACAUUUGGUAAUACUCCUUUAUACUGUAUUCUUGCAGUUAACAACUGCAGCUAUUAUGUUAAUAACAAGUUGUUUGUAUUUUGUUUCUACCAGUCUUGAAGAUACAGGUUCUGAAUAAAAAAAAAUUCAUACAAUUGAUGUGUGCUGGGGUUUGAAACUAAACUAAAAAUUAGUUUCAAAGGUACUGGGGUUUUGACUUAUGUUUCCUUGUUCAUUUGUGUAUUCAGGAGUUAAUUUUAAGAUGUCCUAAUCAUCCUCAAAAGAAAAAACAUUGUACCAUUUUAAAGAUUACCCUUCCAAUUUUGUCAUUGACCACUUCUUCGUUCUUGUUGCAACUAAGAGAUGCUGUUGAAGUGCUCUACAGGCCUCCCACCCCUACCCCAUCUUCAGCUGAGUGUAAAGUUCUUUGUGUCAGUUUAUUUACAGGUAAUUGGGUGCCAUUAAUACAAGCAAGUCACAAUGCUGCUGUUUUCUAGUCCUGUACACCUUACUAAGACUCA